GACGUAGUUGGUAUAUUUGAUGAUAAUGCCUAUAUAAAAAGCGAAAGGCAAAUUCCAAAACGUAAACAGAAUCCGAGUAAUCAGAGAAGAUCGGAUAGAGAAGAAAAUGAGCAGCGGAGCAGGGAAGAUCGCGUGCGUCACCGGUGCGUCCGGCUACAUAGCUUCAUGGCUCGUCAAGUUUCUUCUCCAGCGCGGUUACGCUGUCAGGGCCUCUGUUCGCGACCCAAAUGAUCCAAAAAAAACAAACCACUUACUCGAACUUGAUGGAGCUAAGGAGAGACUUCACCUCUUCAAAGCAAAUCUGCUGGAAGAAGGUUCCUUUAAUUCUGCUAUUGAGGGGUGUGAAUGUGUUUUUCAUACUGCAUCUCCCUUCUAUUAUGAUGUUAAGGACCCACAGGCAGAGCUAGUUGAUCCUGCAGUAAAGGGAACACUUAACGUUCUUAAUUCGUGUGCAAAAUCUCCAUCUGUCAAGCGGGUAGUUUUGACAUCUUCUAUAGCUGCAGUUGCAUUCAAUGGAAGACCUCGAACUCCUGAUGUGGUUGUUGAUGAGACUUGGUUUUCUGAUCCAGAAGUUUGUAAGCAAGCAAAUCAAUGGUAUGUGGUUUCAAAGACAUUGGCUGAAGAAGCUGCCUGGAAGUUUGCAAAAGAGAAGGGUAUUGACUUGGUUGCAAUUAACCCAUCAAUGGUGAUUGGUCCUCUCUUACAGCCGACACUAAAUACAAGUGCUGCUGUGAUUUCCAACGUAUUAAAUGGAGCACAGGUGUUUCCCAAUCUAACAUUUGGAUGGGUUGAUGUCAGAGAUGUUGCCAAAGCACAUAUUCAAGCAUAUGAAAUCCCUUCCGCUAGUGGAAGAUAUUGUGUGGUUGGGAGGGUUGCACACUAUUCUGAAGUUGUGAGGACUUUACGUGAGCUUUAUCCGUCUUUACGACUUCCAGAGAAGUGUGCGGAUGAUAAGCCCUUUGUACCAACGUAUCAGGUGUCCAAAGAAAGGGCAAAAAGCUUGGGUAUUGAAUUCACCCCUUUUGAGGUGAGCCUCAAGGAUACUGUUGAAAGCUUGAAGGAGAAGAACUUUGUCAGUUUUUAAGUUUGGCAGCCCCAUGAAGCUCUUUCCAAUAAAUAAAUGCUGCUGAUGAGGUGUUUUGAUUGUGUGGCAGCACCCUAAAGCUUGCAGCAAAAGAACAGAAUGCUUGGCAUUUUUCUCUUGAUAGGUUUCAAAACUACUCAUUUUAGUGUGGAUGAUUAUUAGAAGUGUGAGUGUUUGAGUAUGUAAUCAGGAUGAGUUCAUGGUCAUGAGUGUAAUAAUAUCACUGAUUUUUCUUUAA